AUGACAAAACCGCGCACACGUCGUCAGUCUCGUCGACAUUCCGCCUAUUUCGACCCGGCAGAGGACGAUUCUUCCCCGCCGCCGACUGCAACGGGAAACAUUUCCAUCAACGAUAUGGCUGCAAUGAUGUCCACGUGGCAACGCAACCAAGAGGAAACAUUUGAGAAACUUCUGCACACAGUUCUCAAUCACUCGCAGCGGUCAUCGCCCCCGCCCGCUCAACCUGCACAUGGAAACUUCGCCGCGUGCAAGGCUCGCUACAGCGGAGCGCCGGACGAAUCACUUGACGGAUUUAUAGACGCCGUAGAGGCCUACAAAGAAUGUGCAAAUGUAAGCGAAACUAAUGCACUACGUGGGCUGUCAAUGUUGUUAACUCAUGAAGCCGCGACAUGGUGGCAAGGAGUUAAGUCCACCAUGAACAAGUGGGACCACGCCCUCACAUCCCUAAGAGGUGCGUUUGGUGAUAGCCGACCUCCACAUCGAAUAUACAAGGAGCUAUUCGCUAACCCACAACAAGCUAGUGAGAAAACAGAACUCUUCAUCUCUAAAACUCGAGCGCUACUAUCACGCCUGCCAAAGGACGAUCUGACAACCAAAGUACAGAUGGACAUGGUGUACGGACUACUACAUAGUAAAAUACGCGAGCGUUUGAGAAGAGAGGAGAUUGAUACAUUCGACACACUCUUCAGAAAGUCUAGAGAGAUAGAAGAAUCUUACGACGUGACUCUAUCAACUAGUGGCCUUCAGAACAAACUGCGCCAGCGCCAGUUUCCGCCACCUUCUCGUCACGCCGCAAGCAUCGCCGCCGCCCAGAGGUCAACGACCGCGCCGCCACUACCACCGCAGAGCGCCCCCAAGGCGCCUGCGCCCGCCGCUGAGUCCAGCGCCCACGGCUCCUACCGCCGUUCUCCUCGCUGCUCCGUAGUGUCGCCCUCACCGUCGUUUCUACAACCGCAUGGGUCUUCUACUCCGUUCGCAAACGCCAGACGUCGAUAUUGUUUCUAUUGUAAAAACUAUGGACAUACACGUGAUGAGUGUCGUAGGUUAGCAGCUAAAGGCAAACAGGACAUUGAUAACACCGCCGACCCCGUCCCGUCAUGUUACGGAUGCAACGAGAGAGGUGUCACUCGAUCACAGUGUGCUAAAUGCAAUUCGGACUUCUCUGCGUGUGAACACGACCGUCCGAAAGGCGCGCUGAUGGGAAAUUACGGUACAUGGUACUCUACCACUGUUAUUAAAUCAUUUUGUGAUAAGGAUGAGUCCCAGGCGAGUUCCACUUCAUCUUAUAACAGUGUGUCACAUAAAGGUUUCCCCUCGAGCAUGUUAUCACUCCCCGAGUCCAGCUUUGAUUCAUUGAACCAUAAGUCGUUAUUGGUGCUGCUUAAACAUAAUCAUUCCUGUCAAGAAACCACUAAACGCGUUCGUCUCGCUGAUGGCUCCGUGCAGAUUCAGACAAAAUCCAAUGAUACUAUUCUUGGUAUGGAUUUUAUUGCCUCAGCGGGGAUAGUGUUCGAUUUCGCCGCUUCAAUUUGGUAUUUCUCUGGUGAUGAAGUGACUUACCCAUUGGAAUAUGAACUUUCCAGACCAUGCGUGUCCGUAUCCUCUGCAGAUUUCCUACGUGAGGAAGAAGGAGUUAUGCUGCAUCCUGAAGAGAGACUGCUGUUGUCCGACCUCCUGAAACAGAACAAAGACCUUUCGGACCUGACCCCCUUUACUCAAAAGGCGGAUAACAAGCAGACCACACCCGUUAUUCCAAAGAAAGGUAGGGGUAGGCCGCGUAUUAAACAGUCAGGUACCAAGUUGGGCCCGGGACGUGUUACCAACUUGGAGGGGGAGCCUAUAAUCACGCAACGGAACUCUUUGGAACGCGCACUUGAAUCCCGUCAACGCGUCUCACGCGACGCGCCUCAAUCGAAUGUAAUUGGUCCACGACCGCGCCGUCAUCGCAAGCUCCCACCGCGCCUGCGCGAC